AUGCUGGUGUUGUCUGUCAUGGAGUUCAUUGCCUCCAUUUGUGUGUCUGUGUUUGCCAGCCAAGUCACCAGCCAUUCUGACACAGAGGAGAUAAUGUACAUGAACAGCCAGCCGCCUUUCUAUGUUGCAACCACCCACCCAGCUGCAACUCAGCAGAACACAUCUGAGAUGGAGCUUAUUGAAGACCUCUCAGCCGCCCCUGCUCAGGGACUGGUGGAGGAGUUUAAAAAGGUCUUUGAAAUCCUUUUGCACCUUGCCAAGGGUGCAGCACACUCUAGUGGGAGAUCCAUUGCUUCACUGUGGAUGGCACAGAGGCACCUGUGGCUAGCUCAGUUGAAGUUGCCCAAGCAGGACAGGAGCAGGCUCAUGGAGCUACCUCUUACCCCUGGCGUUGCCUUUGGACCCGGAGCAGCUGACAUGCUCCGCCGGGCCAAAGAGUCUAGGGAGUCAAAGAAGGAGUGGGAGCAACUGUUGCCAAGGCCCCCUCCACCCAAGCAGAAUCGGCCUGAUAAGGGCUAUUCAGCAUCAACCAUGGCCAACUCCGUCCCUCCUGCCAACGGCUUUGUGGUUGUCUCACAUAUGUACCCACCACAACAAGGACAAGGACAAGCCCACCAACAAGGAGGCCAGCCUGUCUCAGCACCUGCCACCUCUACAACCUCCCAGCUUGGAAAGUUUCUCCAAAGAGAUCCAUCUGCUCUGGGGUACAUCAUAGCCGGUUCUCUGACUGUGAGAGCCAAUAAGGAUCUGAAUUCGUGUUUGGUGAAAGGGUCACUGGGAAUGAACGUUGUCUGCACAGUAGUUGCAGGAACUGCUGUGAUCUUGCAUGGUUUGGAAUUCAUCUUCACGGAUGUGUACCAGAAUUGUUACCCCCCUUACCCAAAUCCCUCCGAUUCUUACACCUGCAGAAUGCAUGUGGGCUGGGUCCAAGGUUCUAAUGGAGUGAUGCUGGUGUUGUCACUACUGGAGUUGAUUCUCUCCAUUUGUAUAACAACGUUUGCCUGCAAAUCUACCUGCAUUUGCUGCUCUGACACUGAGCCGGUGGCAUACUUCAUUCCAAACCCGAUGACAAUGGCUCAACAUACAGCUCCAAUGAACACCUCUCAGGUGCCAGUUGGCCUACCCAGUGGAGCUCCUUACAAACCUGCUGAUCAACCUCCAAUAUAUACUGAAAUGACACAAUGAGAAACCCGCUGAUACCUCCAAUAUAUACUGAAAUUACACAAUGAGAAGGACUACAGAGGAGGGACUACUAUGAGUCGUGUUUUAACAA